GAGUUCUCUUGGAAAAAUUGUAAUACUUGCUGAUUUCCCUGAUGCCGAACACAUCCCUAAGCCUAUUUCCUUAAAAAAGGAAGCAGAGGGGGAAGAAAAAACAUAUGGUAGAUUAAGUUGGAAUUCUCCACUAUUUGGCAAUUGCGAAAAGGAUGUUAGUCAUGAAUAUGACGAAGAGGAUGAAGCAAAAAGAUAUUCGAAUAAAAAUGAAAAGAUCGAUGGUGGCAGUAAUGAUGAUAAUGUGGAUGUAGUGGUAAAAUGA